UCUCUCUCUCUCUCUCUCUCUCUCUCUCUUUGAAACUCUCAACCAAUGGAAGAAAGAGAAGAUCAAGACGAGCUCUUGAACCUGAGCCUGGCCAUUGUUUCGUCAGGUUAUGGUGAUGAGGCCAGGUUGAGGAAGAGGAAGAGAUCGAUGUCUAGGGAUGAUAGCGGUAUUAUCUUGAAUUCUUCCGAUGCGUUUGAAGGACGCGAGGGCAAGAUCUUCAAGCUCCUCCAGAUGAGAGAGGAAAUGCUCAGUACCGAGCACAAGAGAUCGAAGCAGAUGAACCCACAUCAAGAAGAUGGCAAGGGGCUCCACUUGAUCCACCUGUUGCUCAUCGUGGCCACCGCAGUUGACGAGAACAACGCCGGCUUGGCCCUCGACAACCUUGCGGAGCUGUACCAGACCGUGUCGCUGACCGGCGACUCAGUGCAGCGGGUCGUGGCCUACUUCGCCGAUGGGCUCGCCGCCAGGCUUUUGACCCGGAAGUCCCCAUUCCACGACAUGAUCAUGAAGAGACCGACCUGUGAAGAGGAGUUUGUCGCAUUCACCUACCUCUACCGGGUCUCACCGUACUACCAGUUCGCGCAUUUCACGGCCAACCAGGCCAUUCUUGAGGCCUUCGAGAGAGAGGAACAAGUUAACCACCGUGCUCUGCACGUCGUCGAUUUCGACGUAUCGUAUGGCUUCCAGUGGCCUUCUCUCAUCCAAUCUUUAUCCGAAAAGGCGACGAGUGGGAAUAAAAUCUCCUUACGGAUCACCGGCUUUGGGAGGAGCCCCGAAGAGCUCCAAGAAACCGAGGGCAGGCUAGUCAGCUUCUCAAAGGGUUUCAAGAACAUAGUCUUUGAGUUUCAAGGCCUGUUACGAGGAUCAAAGCUCGUAAACCUAAGGAAAAAGAAACAAGAGACCGUCGCGGUAAACCUAGUUUUCCACUUAAACAUGCUGAGCAAUUUCGCAAAGAUCUCAGAGACUCUCAAGUCGGUACAUUCACUCAAGCCGUCGAUCGUGAUGCUUGUGGAGCAAGAGGGUAACCGAAGCCCUCGGAGCUUCCUCUCGAGAUUCAUGGAGUCCCUGCACUACUUCGCGGCGAUGUUCGACUCUCUAGACGACUGCCUUCCGUUGGAAAGCUCGGAGCGGCUGAGCAUAGAGAAGAACCACCUCGGCAAGGAGAUCAAGGCCCGGUUGAACUACGAGAAGGAUGACGGGAGCUGCACGCGGUACGAGAGGAUGGAGACGUGGAAGGGGAGGAUGGAGACUCACGGUUUCGCGGGGAUGAAGCUGAGCUCCAAGUGCAUGAUACAAGCGAAGCUCCUACUGAGAAUCAGGGCACACCAUCGUCCUCUUCAGUUCGAGGGCGAGAACAGCGGGUUCAGAGUGAUCGAGAGAGACGAGGGAAGAGCGAUCUCUUUAGGGUGGCAAGAUAAGUCUUUGCUAACAGCCUCUGCAUGGCAUUGUGUAUGGUAGAGAGAGAGAGAGAGAGAGAGAGAGAGAGAGAGAGAGAGAGAGAGAGAGAGAGAGAGAGAGACUUCUAACACAUUCAUCGAUUAUUAUCAUUGUUAUUGUUUUUUGUAACUGCGACAGCGACUAAUGAACAAAGUUCCGCAAGAUUGCUUUCUAA